AUGCCGCCCUCAAAACCAGUUGACAUCCCCUCCUUCGCCUCCACCCAACUCACCCUCCUCUCCUCGGAGCUCGCCGCCGAAAUCGCCGAGACCUCCGAGCUCGUCGGCGCGCACACGCCCACCGCACUGCAGCGCGCCGGUCUGGCGCUGACCAAUCUCGUCGUCAACGCCCAGCGGACCGGCUACGGCGGCAAGACGGUGUUGGAACUCGGUCCUGAUUCUGCUACCGUUAUUGCUUCCAGUGGAAACCCCCCAAAAGGAGGAUAUGAUGGACCGGAAUUACCAGAACAUGGAAUCAGGACGGGCGAUAUCGUGCUGGUGUCUGAACAGCCGGCGGGGAGCGCGAAGAGGAGAGAGGUCAGGGAGUUGGAGAAGAAGGGCGCGAAGGGCGUGGUGACGAGGGUGGGCAGGGGGGUGGUGGGCGUGGCGCUGGAUGAGGAUAAGGGGGAGGAAAAUGUGGUUGGGGCCGGCGGGGUGGGAGGUAGUGGAAGGGUUUGGAUGGUUAAGUUGGCUGAUGAUGUUACUUAUCGGAGGAUGAACGGAACUAUGGAGAAGCUUCAAAAGAUGAGCGAGUCGGAACACUCCAUGUUCAUCAGAGUCCUUUUUGGACAGUCAUCACCCUCACCUGUCCCGGCGGACCUCAUUAAUGACCCAGAGGUUGGCAAUAUUGAGUGGGUUGAUCCUACACUGAACGACUCUCAAAAGGAUGCUAUUCGGUUUGCCUUGGCCUCGAGGGAGAUAGCUCUCAUCCAUGGUCCUCCCGGCACCGGCAAAACUCACACCCUAAUCGAACUAAUCCUCCAACUUCUCCGACGUGACCUCCGAAUCCUGGUCUGCGGCCCUUCCAACAUCUCCGUCGACAACAUCGUCGAGCGACUCUCGCCACACAAGCUACCCAUCCUCCGCCUCGGCCACCCAGCCCGCCUUCUCCCCUCCGUCCUCUCACACUCGCUCGACGUCCUCACCACGACCUCGGACGCUGGCGCCAUCGUCAAGGAUGUGCGCGCCGAGAUGGAUGCCAAGCAAGCCUCGAUCCGAAAGACGCGCAACGGGCGUGAGCGCCGAGUCGUUUACACGGAGCUGAAGGAGUUGCGCAAGGAAUACCGCGAGCGGGAGCGGCGCUGCGUCAGCGACCUGGUAGGCCGGAGCAAAGUCGUGCUAGCGACGCUGCACGGCGCGGGGGGCUACCAUCUGAAGAACGAGGAGUUUGACGUGGUGAUCAUCGACGAGGCCAGCCAAGCGCUGGAGGCGCAGUGUUGGGUACCCCUGCUGUGGGCGAAGAAGGCGGUGUUGGCGGGUGACCACCUGCAGCUGCCGCCGACGAUCAAAUCGUUGAACUCCAAGGCCUCCAAAGGAGACCAGCCCAAGGAAAGGGGACCGACGCUGGAAACGACGCUGUUUGACAGACUGCUGGCCUUGCAUGGCCCUGCCAUCAAGAGGAUGCUUACCACGCAGUACCGCAUGCACGAGAAGAUCAUGCGUUUUCCCUCGGACGAGCUCUACGAGUCUAAGCUCGUGGCCGCUGAGCAUGUCAGGGAGCGCUUGCUCAAGGACUUGCUGUACGAAGUCGAAGACAACGACGAUACCACCGAGCCGCUGGUUUUCAUUGAUACGCAGGGCGGUGACUUCCCGGAGAAGAACGAGGAAGAGCUGGACAACAACGGAUCUGCGACAGACAAGAAAAAGGCCAUCAAGAGAAGUCUUCACGGCGAGAGUAAGAGCAAUGAGAUGGAGGCGGCACUGGUAAAACAGCAUGUGCGUAGCCUGGUCGAGGCGGGGGUUAGACCAGAGGACAUUGCGGUCGUGACGCCGUAUAAUGCUCAGUUGAGCAUCCUAGCGCCCCUAAAGGACGAGUUCCCCGGCAUCGAACUCGGCAGUGUAGAUGGAUUCCAAGGCAGAGAGAAGGAGGCAGUCAUCUUCAGCCUGGUGCGCAGCAACGACGAAGGCGCAGUCGGUUUCUUGGGCGAGAAACGACGGCUGAACGUUGCCAUGACGCGGCCGAAGCGGUCGUUGACGGUUAUUGGUGAUUCGGAGACGGUCAAGAAGGGUAGCGCAUUUCUCAAGAGGUGGAUGGAGUUCCUGGAGGAGAAUGCCGACUUGAGGUAUCCAGACGUUUCAAGCUUGGCGUUGGAGUCAUGA